AUGAGUCCCAAACAAAGAAUUCCAUUUGGAACUGUUUGCACAGAAGAAGCCAUGCAAAACCUGAUGCGUUUCUUCUCAAUAUUCCAAGGACAACCCAAGCUUCAUUUUGCCCAAAAAGUGUUUGCUGCCAUUGGCCACACAUUCGACGAGGAGAUGACUAAUGAUGAUCAAGUCAAGUUUGUCUUCGAUCUGAUCGAGGCCCGUGAAAGAGUCGACAUCAAGAAGAUUUGCCUGUCCACAAGUGGCAGAAUCUAUUGUCAGAUCAAAGUCACACCUGUUCUGAUUGCCCCUGACAGGGCAACGAUCCGAUACAUGACAUUCUAUGCCACUGUGGGUCAUGAUGGAAUGAUCACUGAUUUUGAGCUCGACAACGAAAUCGAGGUCAUUCAGGGAAAAGGCAAAUCGACACCUGUCGUGAAGACGACAACAGCAGGAACAACAAGUGUCUCGGUAUAA